CGUAGAGACGUUUUACUCAACCCCAUCACAGCUAACUUAAGCUUGACGUUGUCUGUUUCCCAAACCCGGCGGCUAAAUAUGAAACAAAUGAUUGAAGAAGAUAAGCAGCCAAGCCAUAGGAAAACACUUAACAGCUUGUGUUCCGUGACAGCUUUGCUGUUGUCUCUUGUGUGUUGUAUGGCACUAAUUCACGUGGAACUAUGCAUACAAGAACAUCAUCGACUGAUGUCACAUUCAGUAACAUUAUGUGAUCAAAUGCAAACGCAGAUUCUCCAGAAAGUUCAGCAGAAUUACGAACGACGGCAAUUUACGAAAGCUGGUGGAGUAAAAGGUCAUUUACAGAGGACAAAUGGUGAGGAACAGUUUUAUAAUUCAAACACACAGAGUUAUUAUCAGCUUGUUUCAGAUCCUUCCAUUAUGAAAAUCAUUCUUGCUUAGUAUGUGAGCAUUUGUAUUUUCAUAAUGUUAUUCCGACUACCCUUAGAAUCUGAAAGGAGGGGACUCAAGAGGCUUGUAUGGGAAGCUGUCACGAACACGAGAAUACAAAAGCCAACUGCCAGAAGAGUAAAUUGUCCUGCAAACCCACCCGUCAGUCCAGUCCUCCAGUUCAGUAAAGCAGCUCUGCACGUUUUGAUUUAGAGUGAACGAUAAAAAAACCUUCUUCCACAUACAAUAAAUUAAGUGCUAUAAAAUAAUUCAGGGCUAAUAUCGAACACCAAAUAGUCCUUAUUUCCUUGAGGCUACACCUGAGCUGAACUGAACUUUAGCAUAUUAAGAACUUAAAGUCUAUUUUUGUAUGCUAACUGAGGUUACGUCAGGAAGAAAAUCUUUAUGAAGCGACCGCCGUUUUUUGUUUUGCUUUGUUUUUGGAUGUGUGUAUAUUUUCAACUUUCACUUUUAUCUUUCUACUUCAGUAAUGCUCAGAAAGGUCUUCAUUAUUUUUGAAAGGUCUUGGCCGGUAUGAAAACAUCAAUUCAAGACAGAAACGAGCAUCACCCGAUAAUUCACAGCCAUCAUCGGUCCAAACUGCAUCCCAAGUAAAACUACUCAUCAAAGAAGAGCUUCGUCUGCUGCAAAACCAAUUCUGUGCAAAAGAUGAAAAGCUUUGCCUCUCAGGACCAAAAGGUAAUUCAGGGCGACGGGGAAGACCCGGAUUCCGAGGGAGAUCAGGCCCCCCAGGGAGGCCCGGGCCAGAAGGACCUCCAGGUAAACAUGGGCCAAUAGGACCUCCAGGACCCGUCGGCACUAAAGGUGAUAUCGGAGUACCGGGGAUCCCUGGUCCCAUGGGUCCUAGAGGCCCACCAGGUGAAACGGGAACCAAGGGUGAGCCGGGCCAGUCCAUUACGGCUCCUUCUCUGCUGCAGAGUCCUGUUGAAACAACUGUCAAUCAAAGUCAGACAGCCAUCUUGAAAUGUUCAGCAGAUGGAAAUCCGACUCCACAGAUCACGUGGUCUAAGAUGAACUCGCGGCUUCCUGUGGGACGUCACAAGGUAGAGUCCAGUGGUGCUCUGAUUUUGAAGGACGUGAGGCCUGAAGAUGAGGGAGUCUACAGCUGUGAAGCUAAAAAUUUACUGGGGAGCGUUAACGCUUCAGCGAAACUCACUGUACAGUGUAAGUCGACCUAGUCAUUUUAUUUAAAAAUUAAAGCGGACUACGAAUUUUAUUAAUCGAUAAUUACCAGCGGAGUCUUGGAUUUAACUUGGUUGGAUAUACCGGGGUUAAAAAGGUCCUUAAACAGAACAUUAUAAACAAACUCCUAUAUUAUGUCAUCGGUUACAAUUGGAUAUUAAACUUCAAAUCAUGGUAUUAAAACAUAGACGGUGUUUAACAAAAGACAUGUUUUUCGUCGUAUUCAAUUUUGCUAAAUCUGAUCUGUAUCUGGAUAUCUAUGGUAUCAAGAAGGGCAACAACGUAACGCAGGCUACAAAACCAUUCAACUACUUAAAAUAAGCUACUUGCAAACACAUUUUGUGGAGGCCACUGAUUUUCUGCUCUCUAACUCAGUUUUUCUUUAACAACCGGCCCUGAUUUUCUAUUUUUUGCCAGUUGGUCCGCAACUUUCAUUGUCAUCCAAUCGACUGAUGGCUGAAGAGCAACAAAACGUCACCAUGGCCUGCACUGCAACUGGUCAGCCGUCACCUAAGAUCACAUGGUCCAAGGCAGUAGGAAGUUUACCUGGAGACAGAAUCAAGGUGCAAGGUGGAACCAUGAAAAUCUACAGUGUCACAAAAAAAGAUGGUGGAGUAUACAUUUGUAAGUCAGAGAAUAUUCUGGGAUUAGCGACAGACACGGCUCAACUCACGGUGUUUUCUCCUUUGCGGUUCAAAGUCCGUCCUCCACAAGAAGUGACUCCUGUCAUUGGUUCAACUCUCCGUCUGCCAUGUGUGGCCACAAGUGAACUGAGUACUAAACUUGCUUGGACAGUAGAUGGCGUUGGUGUACUUCCUGGAAACACCCGUGUUCUUCGAAAUGACACACUAAUUAUCGAGGACAUCAAGAAAGCUCAAAGAGGGUCUUACACUUGUCGAGCGAGUAAUGUUCUGGCAACAAUAGAAGCUAAAGUUAAAAUCAAUUCUCCAGUUGCUACUUCCUGUUCUGUGAUUAAAAAAUACGUCAGCAGUGUAAACGGAAAUUACGUCAUUGAUCCUGAUGGUGAGGGAGGUCUGGCACCAUUCACGGUGUUCUGUGAAAUGACUGAUAAAAGUGGAGUUGGCGUGACAGUCAUUAGUCACAACAGUGAGAGUAGAACUCAUGUUUCCGGAUGUGAGCCAUCAGGGUGUUACUCACGUGACAUUCAUUACACAGGAGCGAGUCUGUCUCAGCUGGCAAGUCUCACCAGAGUCUCUUCACACUGUGAGCAGUUUAUCAAGUACGAGUGUUAUGGUUCAGUAUUCAGAUAUGGGGGAAUAGCCUGGUGGGUGUCACGUGAUUCUGCAAAGAUGACAUACUGGGGUGGAGCGUCACCUGGCAGUAGUAAGUGCGCAUGCGGGAUGACCAACUCAUGUGCAGACUCCAGGUAUGGUUGUAACUGUGAUAAGAAUGACUAUGUAUGGCGUGAGGACAGCGGUCUUCUCACUGACAAGACAAAGCUUCCAGUAAAACAACUCAGGUUUGGUGAUGUGACAGCAUACGAGGAAGGUUACCACACUCUGGGGAAACUGAAGUGCUUUGGUAUUGCGUGA